AUGGAGGUAUAUUUGCUUGAGACAUCUCCGACUUCCUCUGUUUUUGUGAAAGAUAACAGAGCAUCUCUAACUACCUCUGUUUUUGUGGAAGAAAACAGAGCAUCUCCUUUGCGUCUGGAUUUAAACGUCCCUCAGUUGGAUGUAGAUGAAGACCAUGACAACCAUGUAUUUUUACAGUCAGAAGAUGAGGACGAUAACUUGGACGCUGAGUUCUCCAUGGAUGAAAUACAUGCUAUCACCAGUAUUGUGAAGGAAACAGGUGAUGCAUGUCAUAAGAGAACACAAAACUGUGGAAGGAAGAGAGUCCAAGUAGACAUUGCUACGGUUCGUGAAGUUCCAUUAUCAAAGCGGCAAACCAUUCGAUCUCUAGCACAUGCUCUGAAUAUUAGCACAACAGCUUUGAUUAAGUUUAUUAAGGAAGGAGAACUUCGGCGACAUUCAAAUACACUCAAGCCGUUAUUGAAGGAGGGGAACAUGAUUUGUCGUCUUAGAUUUUGCUUGUCUAUGCUUGAAGAAAGUAGCAUUUAUGAUGAUCCCAGGUUUAAAUCCAUGUAUAAUGUUGUUCAUAUAGAUGAAAAAUGGUUUCUAGUGACUCAGGAAUGCACAAACUUCUAUCUACACAAAAAUGAGGAUCAGCCACACCGUACAUGCAAAAACAAAAACUACAUUGAGAAGGUUAUGUUUCUAGCUGCAGUGGCACGACCAAGGUUUGAUGAAGCAGGCAACCAAAUAUUUUCAAGAAAGAUAGGUGUGUUUCCUUUAGUUACUAAAGUUCCAGCAAGAAGGACAAGCGUCAAUAGAGUAGUAGGGACACUGGAAACGAAACCAAUUACUUCUGUCACCAAAGAAGUUAGUCGAAGGUUCUUAAUUAAUGAAGUUUUACCUGCCAUUAAGGAAAAAUGGCCAAGAGAAGAUGCAGGAAGAACCAUUUUCAUACAACAGGAUAAUGCCCCAUGUCAUGUUGCCGUAGAUGAUGAAGAAUUCUGUAGAGCAGCUUUAGAAGGGGGUUUGAUAUUCGCUUAA